AACUUGGUCCAUUGACACGGUCAUCGGCAACUUCCCACCAAAACAGAGAGAGAGAGAGAGAGAGAGAGAGAGAGAGAGAGUAGUUGACGGGUAAAGGGUUUUGGCGCCUGCUGCUUCUAGUCGUAUUUGAAAGUGAAGGGUAAAGCCACGGAAUUCUCUUCCUCUUGUUCUUCUUGUUAUCGUAUUCGUUGAAGCAAACGCAGACGUUGAUUCAGCCAACACGUAUAUAUGUUGGACUAAAACAGAGUUUGAAAUUUAAUGGGUCUCACUUAACUUUCCCAAAGCUGUUAUGGCUCCAAAUUAGAACAGAGGCGCAAACCCAGGAGGAGUUCUUUCUCGGCCCAAUCGUAGGUAGGAGAGGAUAGCAGCUGAAAACUAAAGUGUUUUCGUAGGAUUGUUGCUUAUAGUGUUAGAAAUAUGGGAAAGCACUUGAGGAGGGAUCCAGAUGAUGAGCUAUUUGUGGACCAUCAGCCGAGUUGCAUGUGGGGAAUUAUUCAUGCUCUUGACUAUCACCACUGGCAAAAUACUGCUAAGAAGAUGCUACCCUACAAGAGGCAUAAUGGAUCAACACAUACAAAAGGCCAUGGAAGACCAAAGGCACUAUUGGAUGUCCACGAUUCUGAUGAAGUGCAAGAGCAUCUGGAUGCUGAAGGAAGUCGCUACCUUAUAGAUCCCACUGCCACUGGAACUAGCUCAACUAACAAAAGAUGGUCUCUUAAAGCUCAUUUAAAAGCAUUAAUUUCGGAUGAGAUGCCAAAGAAAGAGACCUCUGGACGAAGGGAUUUGCUGUCACAGAGAACAUAUUCUAUCCAUCAUUUAGAACCCUCAAAUAGUAGUCCUCUUGGCAAAAUCAUCCGGAGUCGUCCAAUUAUUUUCGUGCACAGAACUUCCAAAAGUGACACCAAGAAGCGAGUCUCCAGCAAUGAAAAGUUUAAUGUGAGUGGUACUGAGAAUAUUUCGGAACACUUAGAGCCUAAACAGCUUCCUGAGAAUCACACGUUUUGUCCAGAGAAGUGUGAAAAAGCAGAAGAAGGUUCAGUUAACCAGUGGGAAGAGUAUGUGGAUGUAUUGUUCAGGGUAAACAAGGACUCGGUCUUAAAAAUUCAGAAAGAAACAGAUGAUGAUAUUGUAAAUUGCCUCUGUGAUCUUCCGGGUUCCAGUAAAAAUGCAAGAUUAACCAAAUCAGGGUCAUUUCCCUCAGCUGAUUUGUCGCGCCUUAGAAACUUCAGGCCUAGUAAACUCAAACACAAACAGACUGAAGUUUGGUCAUUUCCAAAGGGAGAGAAGUUGUCUUCUGGUACUCAUGAAAUUGAGGGUUCUGUUAAUGAUCUCUGCAAUGUUAAGCCGAUCAGCAUCAGAAGGACGCCCUCUAUGGACACGUCACUAGAAAGAUACACUCAGUUGUUUCAGAAUAGUUUCAGCAGGGAGGCCAAGUUGCACGCCUCUAAGAGCUUGACGUUGACUAAUGACUAUGAGUUUCCAUCAGGUGGCCAAGCUCCAAAAUUCUUCAAAAGGGUUCGCUCACUAUCUCAUCUUGAUUUUAACUGUUCCCUUCAGAAUGAGCUGUCAUCUGAUGCUCAGUUCUCAGGGGUAUUGGUGAAUACCAUUAUGGAUAGCAGUAAAAAAGUUGAUCAAAAUAGUCAUGGGGAGCAAAAGCCAAUAGAGCUUCCUGUAAGUACAGAGAAAUAUGUUUCAGCGCAAACUAAUAAUGAGACUGAAAGACGUGAUAGUAGAAUGAAAAAGGAUCAUGUAGCCAGCUUGCUGGAAAGUAUAAAAGAGGAUUCUACUGUUACUAUGGUCGGGCUUGGUGAGGAGUUUGAUGAGCAAACAGUUGGGGAAAAUAGUUGCGACAAAGAACUGGAGAUUCAAAGCUUUUCCCAAGAAGAUUUAACUAGCUCUGCUGAUUUUCAAACCUUGGAAGGUUCGGAGUGCAAAUCCGGCGCCAUUGAUGAACAGGAAUCUCCAUUUGAGGCAGAAUACAGGUCCUUAGAUACCUCAUCGUGGUCUUGUAAUACAGCAGAAAUUGCGAAUUUUGAAAUCACAAACAAGGGUGUGAAGAAUCAGAGGCAUGCCGAAUUUUGCCAGAAUGAUAACUCUGAUUUCGACUAUGUGAGCGUUAUUCUUCACCUAUCGGGCUUUGAUGGAAAUGGCUUCCUUGAGCAAUGGCACUCCUUGGACCAACCAUUGAACCCUUUGGUUUUUGAGGAAGUGGAGACCUGCUGGCCCCACGAAACCGAACUUUCUGGAGACAAAAUCUCUGCUCGUCACCAGCUUCUGUUUGAUUUAAUCAACGAGGUUUUGCUUCGGAUAUAUGAGAGUUCAUUCACCUACUACCCAAGGGAGUUGUCACUCGGUUGUCGCAUUCGUCCAAGGCCUUCCCGUUUUCUAGAGGAGGUCUGGGCCAGAAUUAGCAGAACAUUGAGCUCAAGUCAAAGGGUGGGUCAGUCAGUAGAAGGCAUUGUUACUCAAGAUAUGGGAAAGGAUGAUGGGUGGAUGAAUCUCCAGUUGGAAAGUGAGUGUGUGGCACUUGAGCUGGAGGAUUUGAUUUUUGAUGACCUUUUGGGAGACAUCCUAUUUUCCUGAUAUUUUUAUGGUUAUAUCAAGUUGCCCAUCUUCCAUGCCAGGCUGCCAGCCAUGUGGGUGAAGGAGUUAGGUUUUGCUUCAUUGUAUAUAUUUGAUGAUGUGUUCUGCUUCUUCUAUGGGGUGAACUUUUUGGUCCUUUUGAGUGCCAAAAAAUUGGUGGGGGAAGAAGAAUGGUUGGAGUUCUACAACAGCUACCGCAACUGCAGAUGUUAUGGGAUUCCAAGCUUUCACUUUUAUUCCCCAUUUCUCUUGGGCGAUUGGGUGGGGUUUUCAGGGUGAGAAAUUUUAGGCCAAUAUUCUUGCAGUUGUAGUUUUUUUUGUUCAGGUGUUAGCUUUCACGUAGCUCAACUAAUCAUGGGGACCAAUUUCACCACCCACUUGCUGGGGUCCCACUUAAAGUCAGAACAAAGCUCUGUAUGGACUGGCCCCAAAGGAGUUGAUAUCACCUGAGAGGUUUCGAACCUAAGACCUUAAGAGGGAGCAAAUCCCUAAGUCCCAAGUCUUAACAACUAGGGCAAUCCAUUGGGUUUCUUGCAGUUAUAGUUGAUGAAAACAUAGGAUGGCCUUUGGAGUUGUGGAUUUUCAUUGUAGAAAAUAUUGGGUGGUGUUGAUCAGUUUGAUGUUAGUUGAGGUUUUGUAGUUCCCAAUUGUCUUCUUGUAGCUUUGUCUUGUUUUACGGUUACUGGAAUAGCAUUGUUCAGAAGAGCCUGUGUUUGAUGAUCA